AUGGUUGGAGGCAAGGGUCCUUGUGUCGUCCAGCUGCUGGGGACUGUCUGUUUGCCCCCAGCCUUUUCCCUCCCCUCCACCUCUCUUUCUGAGCUUUUCCCAGCCCUGGACAUCCUGGUGAGCCCUGCUGAGUUCUCCCUGAGCAGCAGCAGCAGCAGCUCCCUGGAGGAUGUCCCAGGAGCGCACACAUACACACUGUGUUGCUUUUGGGUGGGUGGGGGUCUUCUUGGCUUCCAGCAGCAGCUCCUCUCCGCUCUCCAUCUCGUUCCAGUCAAAUGUGAGCCACCGUUUGACCUGCAGAGCAAUAUGAGUUCCAGCAAGUGCUGGAUGCAGUGGAGGAGGCCAGAGGCCUAUGAAGACAUUUUCCUGGACGACUGGCAAUGGGAACUGGCAUUCAAGACCACAGAAGCACCAUGGGAGCAGGCACAGAACAAGGUCUGGGUCAACAAAGAAACAUGGGUGGAAAUUGAGGGCUUCGAGUUCGAGUCUGGCGUAGAGUAUGUGGCAAGAAUUCGCUGCAAAACUCCAGAUGUGAAUAUGCACUACAGAAGCCAGUGGAGUCCGUGGAGCACCACCACCAAGUGGAAAGCCCCCCCAGGCAACGGGCGGCAGCAGCAUCGGGAGUCCCACCUCCUGAAGCAUGUGUUCAACCUGCUCUUUCUCUGCCUGGGCAUCCUGCUAUUGCUGCUCCUGGUACUCACAAUCUUCUGGAGGUCCAAGGGCCAUUGCAGCGCAAACAUCCCCAGCCCAGCAGCUUAUUUCCAGCCCCUUUAUCUCUCACACAGUGGGGAUUUCAAGGUAACAACCAUGAUCUCGGGAUCAGCCACAUUGAACCUGAUGAUGGCUAAGUACCAAGCCGGGGAGGGUGGGGUGUAAUUCUCAAGCUGCCAUGGAGAAGUGGGCGUCCCAUCCUUUCAGAAGA